AUGGCUCUUCGCAGCGUGAGCUACGACGUUGAUGCAGCAUCCCGGAUUGCCACAAUCUCGCUGAAUCGUCCGGAAAGGCUGAACGCGAUAGACGAUCACAUGCCCAGAGAAAUAGAAGCAUGCGUGUCGCGCGCAAACGAAGAUGAUAGAGUACACGUGAUCGUUUUACAGGGUUCAGGGCGGGCAUUUUGCGCUGGCUAUGACCUCAAACAAUAUUCAGAAGGCUCGCCGGUUGGUGCCGACGCUUCCCCUAAUCAGGACAUGCCCUGGGACCCCACUGUUGAUUUCAAGUUCAUGUGGGCAAAUACCCGGAACUUCAUGUCCUUGUGGACAUCAUUGAAACCAACGAUAUGUAAAGUUCACGGUUUUGCUGUCGCUGGCGGCAGCGACAUUGCGCUGUGCUGCGACAUUGUUUUGAUGGCCGACGAUGCACGGAUCGGCUAUCCUCCUGCCCGCGUGUGGGGCUGCCCAACAACCGCCAUGUGGUCCUACAGGUUAGGUCCUGAAAAAGCCAAGCGGAUGCUGCUAACUGGCGACUUGAUCACGGGUGUCGAAGCAGCCCGAAUGGGACUGGUCUUGGAGUCCGUCCCGUCAGACAAGCUGGAUGAACGCACUUUAGAGCUUGCACGCCGUGCGUCGAGUGUUCCAAAGAAUCAACUGAUCAUGCAGAAGAUGGUGGUAAAUCAAAGCAUUGAAGCCAGCAUGAUGUCGACUCAGCGACUCGCUACACUCUUUGAUGGUGUUACGCGGCACUCCCCGGAGGGCAUGUGGUUCAAGGAGCGUGCCGCAACCGCAGGAUUUGCGGCGGCCGUUGCAGAACGUGACAGCGGCAAUCCCAUUGCCCCGCAUGUGUCCAAGAAAAGCAUUCCAUCGAAGCUUUAG